GCUCAAAAUGUAAAGUUCUGUUUUACGGUCGUGCUCGCCGUGUGAUAGUAAAUUCAAACCGCAGACAAGAAUUUCUGUGUGUGUCCUUUUUUGUGUAGCAAAAAGCCAAAUAAUAUUUAAAAAAAAAAAUAAUUCUAUUAAAAUAUACGAAAGCAAAGAUAUCGUAUCCAUUCCAAUAAGAACGUUUGAAAAAAAUUACCAAUACAGAAAUACUUAAAUGUUUUUUUUUUUCAUUAUUUAUGCAAAACAUUUUCGAAAAAUGUUAAAUCAAAUGAAAUCAAGUUUUGAAUAAAAAAAAAACGAAUAGUAGAGAGCACUUGAGCAAGGAAAAACGCCCCUUCAUAGUCUGAAAACUACAACGGCCAAAGGAUAACGAAGGCGACGAAAAAAAUGUUUAUUCCCAUUGAAAUUGUAAUCGAAAAACCCCAAGAUACAUACAUAACUAAUGUGAAAAGAAAAUCCUCCUAAAACAGUGCAAAGGAAACGCCAUGAAUUAAUAGUGCAAAAGCCAACAAACAGCCACCGUGUGGAGGAUAUAUGAAAGCGACCAACCCAAGUCGCUUUCCAGCCCACUCAACAAAAACCAAACACAAAAAAAAAAAUACACAAUAAAACAAAUGGAAUGAUUUUUUGCACUGUCACAAAGAUGAAUGAAUGAAUGAACACUUCAUGCGCUCUGGUUUAACUUAAGAGAGGCUCUAUACUUAGCCACCCCUCCUUUUGGAGGAGCUUAGUAAAACAUCUGAGAGGAGCACCAACAAUAAAUCAACACACCCACAACAUAAACCACAACAACUGUCAUAAUAAGAUCUUCAUCACGCAUUACCACCAUCAUCAGCACACAUUAUGGCUGACUAUCAUGAGUAUACGGAUCAAUACAAGGUGCCGGUAAUUGCGAAACUUCUUCAUGCCUUACCCCACUAUAACAUAACAUUCCACAAAAUCAAUAGCACAUUUCGGCCAAAUGAUGAAAUCUAUUUGGAGAGCUUGGGAAUACUUGGAUCCGUGCCAGCUGCACUGCUUAUUGUCUCACUGUUAGGACUGCUGCUUUAUUUAAUGACAAGAUGUUGCGAUCGCAAACCCAGACCUGCACAUUCGAUUACAAGCCUCAAAGUAGCGCUGUCCAUCGUUACUGUCAUGUGUUGUGCUGCAAUAGGACUAGGUUUAUAUGGUAACGAUGAUCUGCACAAUGGCCUGCUGGAGGUACUAACAGCUGGACGCAAAGUGGACACUCUGGUCACAACGGUACGCAAUCAGACUUUGAUUUUGGAAAAUACCCUCAAGAAUCGCAUAAGGCCUCAGCUGGUGGAAUUGGCUGAUAUUUUCGAUCAGCCGGUGUCGAAUUCCACCGCCCUCUCGAUACUCUUUGUUUCGCUGAAUAUUGUGCAAGGCAAUGUGACUCUGGCCACCAAUGCCGCCAGUGAUAUUCGCAGACCCCUGACCAGUGUUACCAUGACUAAAUUCCUUUCGGAAGGUGAUAAAAUGGAAUUAAUACGUUGGCCUGGCACGGUGGCCACCUUGGCUUUGCUGUUGGUCCUCUGUGCAGUUUUGCUGGUGGGAGUGGCUCGCCACUCUCGCUGUGCUUUAAUUUUAUUCAGUGUUUGUGGUCUCUUGGCUGUCACCGGCUCCUGGCUUAUGUCUGGACUUUACCUCUCGUCGUCAGUGGCCGUUGGAGACCUUUGCAUAAGUCCUGCUGACUUCCUGGUUUCUGUUGCACCUCGAGAUCUGCCCACCAAUGUGUUGUUGCACUACACCCAAUGUGAACCGGGGCACACAAAUCCCUUUACCCAACGCCUUAGAGAAUCGCAGAACUCAUUAAACAAUGCCCGCAGUGCUAUGGCCACGGUAAUGAAAAUCUCUUUGGUACUCUUCAAGUCCUCGGGGCUACAACCCAAACUGGGAGCGGUUAAUGCCGAUUUGAAUAGCAGCGAACGCCUGUUGACUCAGCUGACAGCCUUGGUCGAUUGCAAGGCAGUGCAUCAUAACUUUUUGGCUGCUUCGCGAGGCCUAUGUGAAGGAGGUCUCCUUGGUCUGGUACUCAUGCUGAUUGCCAGUUUUAUUGCUGCCAUACUGCUGACCAUUAUGGUCUGGGUUGAUUCGCACACCUGGAUUUACAUAAGGAAACGAAACGAUUACGCCCAGGUCGAUGAGCCCUCAUACAUUUCGCAUCCGGCUCCACAGAACCAUCAGCAGAUGCUGAAUGCAUCGCGUACUUUGCCACGGAACCACAAUGGGCAUUUUAGUCCACCGGUGAUUAGUGGCUCGCAUACCUUGCAGCAUCCAUCGAAGCGUCAGCAGCACGAGAUGAUGGCUCACGUGCACAUGCAGCAGAAUAUGAGGGCUAUGGGCACGCAUACGCUGGGUCGUUUGCCGUCGCACAAUCAUAGCCCCACACACAUGACUGGCCCAAAUAACGUCUGUAGCGAUCCCAACACCCGAAGUCAACAGGCGACAUCCCAGCAGCAGCAGCAGCAGCAACAACAAUCCCAGAUGGCACCACAACCGAUCUAUUGUCACCAUCCCCACCCUCAUCCGCACUCACAUGAAGCAGCUGCAGCAGUGGCAGCUGCCCAGCAUCAGCAUGCCAUCUAUCAUCAGCAACAGCAGCAGUAUGGCACCUACUCCACCGCUGCCCAUGGACAACAUCAUUUGGUGGCGGGACCACAUGGACAACAAAGUCAAAUCUAUCAACAGAUACCACCUCACAUGGCGACCAUGGCUCAAAAUGGUGGCCAAUCAAAUCCCCAUUCUAUCUAUCAACCUCUGGUGGCUGUGAGCCAAGGUUCCAUAUAUGUCUCCAAUUUGGCCACUAUGCGUAGGCAAAAUUCCCAGCAAAGCAGCGCUGGUCAUCCACAAAUACCGGGACAUCAUGCAAUGGCUCCACAAGGAGGCGGCGGCGGUGGACGAAUGCCGCCCACUUCACAUCAUCAACAGAUGAAUAUGAAAUCACCACAGGAUGGUAUGAGGGAGUCAUCGCGAUCCGAAGCCAUGGAUACAGCUAUCUACGAUCGUGAAAAGGGCAUUUACAAGUGUUCCACUCUCAGGCAAGGGGGAAAGUUCGAUCCAAAAUAUAAACCUUCGAUUUUGAAUUGCCCACUGCCAGAGAUACCUAAAGAUGCGGAUCCACCAAGUGUGGAGUCCAUAUAUGAGCAGCAGAGGCAGGCAGCCCAACAACAACAGCAGCAGAACUAUUCAAAAACACUUCAAAGACCACCCAUGAAAUUACCACCACAAAUGAAAGCUAUACCACCACCACGUGUGGGUACGCCCAAUUCUCCACCACCUCCCCCGGAAAAUUCCGAUAACGGGGGAAUACCCUCUAAACCUUAUAGUCAUCAGAACGGGGGCAAUGCUUUAAGUGGCAUGGGUGGAGGCGGAGGAGGAGACACAACAAUUUCCAUGUGUACUAGUCAUACUAACACCACCACAACCACCACAAAUGUCUCAGACACCAAUCGUCAGAUGAACAACGAUAUAUCACUGCCACCACCACCGCCACUGGAGAGUACAGUGGGUUCGCCACCCAAGCCAAAUAGUAUAAUGCAUCACAACAACAAUAGUACGAAUAAAAAUAAUAUAGCGCAACAUAUGAACGAUGAAGAUGAUUUGCCCCCGCCACCACCUCCACCAUCCAUGAAUGAUGACUCCAACUAUGCGGUGACAGAACUUUAAGAUGAGGAAAAAGUACAUGAGAGGCAGAGGCAGGUUAGCAACUUGCCAUGCAUCAUCAACACCAUGAGAGGGUCAAAGAUGGUUGGACAAAGUAAUGCCGUAGUACUUGUUGCUUAAUGGAAACCAUGAAACCCCCCUCCUCCCCCCAAAAAACAACCGCUAGGAAAUUAAGAAGAAACAAAUGAUGUUGUGGUAAUAAUUCUGUAGUUUAUAGAUAAAAAGAUUUUUGUAGCAAUAAUACCAUACAACUGUUAACAACAACAACAACUACGCGUGCAUGCAAACCCACACAUACAGAUAUACACACACAUACACCAGGACCCAUUAAGAGAAUGAAUGAGGAUAUUCCGAACAUUCUAGUUACAUAUAUAUGUAUGGCGAAGAUAUGAUGGACCACAGGAUGCCAGGAUGGCCUUUCAACCUACAUCUUUAGAACUCAUCAACAUCUCUUUCUGCACCAUUUGGCGUUUAUCAUUGUGGAUUUUUUUUUAUUUGUAGGCAAAUUUGAAAUCCUUUUUUACUUUUUAAAAGUAUCUGAUAUAAAUUAUAAUUUUUAUUUUUUAAAUACCAAUGAACCUAAGCUCUCCCCUUUCGCUUGAUGACAUAGAACCACAAAAGUUCCAUUAUUUGGAAAUACUAAACUAGAAAAAAAUAAAAUACCAAGUAUUUUAAU